AUGAGGAGAACUUGCGCUCUUUGUGGAAAAGUGAGCUGCUUUGAACACAUGAAGCGAAUGAACCACCGGAAAAAGCAGAACCUUAUAAUGGUAGCAUCGCUUUCAUUUCUCGGAAUUGUGGACCGGUCGAAGGUUGACGCUGUGGUGGCAAACAUUAGUAGGGCAUCGAGAUGCAUCUGUCAUUCUCACGUAAUAAGAGCGGCCCAAUAUUUGUGUGCUGAAGUGACAAUUAGCGGAGCACGUCUUUUGUAUGACGACGCAUAUAAAGCAGCAUACUUUCCCACAACGGAUAUUCCAUCACACCUUGCCGAAGUGAUUAACAGGACGAGCAACGCCGGUGAUGUUAUAACCACUCGGGAUGUGGGCUAUUUCAUUAAUGGCUCUUUGAUGAGGUAUUAUGGAACUCCAGCUUGGCCGUCAAAUUAUGAGGAGGAGGAGUCAGAGGAGGCUGUACCCGGUUCAAACGAAUCGGCACUUUGUUCCAAAUUACCCGCUGACGGGCAAGAUGUUAACGUGGAUGACAGUGAAGUAAGUCUCUGA